AUGGCACCUGCUGGCACCCGCGGGGACACGGCGGGGGACGCAACGGGGACACGGAGCUCGCCUGCUGGCCCUGCCAUGCCCCGCUCCUUCCUGGUGAAGAAGCCCUCCAGCACCCGCGUCCCCAACUACGGCCAGCUCGACGCCCGCGAACUCGAUGGCUCGUGCUCCUCCUGCAGGGGGGUGCUCAGCCGCGCAUCCCCCUCCACCACCCGCCUGCCAGACCACGGCCGCCUCCUCGCCCGCCUCUCCCUCCCGCUGCCCCCUGACACCAAGAGCCCCCCGGACCCCGCAGGCACCCGCAGCCUGGGCACCCCCCUGAAGGACAACCAGACCCUCAACCGGCUCAGGGGGGUGGCCGAGGCGGGGGUCCCCAGGCCCUGCCGCCCCUUCCCGGGGUCGCCCCGGCGCUGGUUCAGCUGCGCGCGCUGCGCCAGGGCGUACGCCAGCCUGGGCGCCCUGAAGAUGCACAUCCGCACCCACACCCUGCCCUGCGUCUGCAGCCUCUGUGGCAAAGCCUUCUCCCGGCCCUGGCUGCUGCAGGGCCACCUCCGCACCCACACAGGGGAGAAGCCCUACGCCUGCCCCCACUGCAGCCGCGCCUUCGCCGACCGCUCCAACCUCCGCGCCCACCUCCAGACCCACUCGGGCGUCAAGAAGUACCGGUGCCGCGCCUGCGCCAGGACCUUCUCCCGCAUGUCGCUGCUGGCACGGCACGAGGACGGGGGGUGCUGCGGGGCGGCCUGAGCCCCCCCCCCCGCACCCGGAGAGGGCAGUGAGCACUGCGCCGUGCCGUGCCACACCGUGUCAUACUCCACUGUGCCAUGCCAUGUUGCACCGUGCCAUGCUGUGCCCCAAAGAAGGACCGGAGAGCAUCAUGCAGCGCUGCCUGGAUGGCCCCUGCAGGUCACCGAAGCCCCCUGCUGCUCCCCAACUGCUCCACCACGGCCCCCAGGGCUGGAGGAAUCUCUUGGUUGUGUCCCCCCCCCGUGCUGCGGGCACCAGGGAGGGUUGUUGGGCUUUCGUCUGCGGAGUCAUUAAAAGCGGAGCUGGGCACCGCGGGUGUGAGUGGCGAGGCUGUCCCUUAUCGCUGCCGUGCUGCUCGGCUGGCAUCGUGUCCCACCGGCACCAGAGCAUCUGGUCCUGUCGUGCGUGGCCUCACAGGGCAGGAUCCACCCGGGGCUGCCCACCCGAGCACCCUCCUCCCCAUCUCGCCUCCCCUGCAUGGGUCACGGGGACACCACUGUGUCCCCAUGGAUGUGUCCCCAGCUGGCCUCGAGCCCCAAAACCAGGGACUCGGUGGCUUUUUGGGCUGGGGUCUGUGCUGCAGAGGGGUGUGGGGGCCAAGCCCUGUGCCAACAGCAGCCCCCGGCCACUUUUUGGUUGGAAGCCCUAAAAAUAGGAGCAGGGAGAUUGUAUUUUUCUGAUCAUGGAUGUAACCC